AUGGGGGGCGUGCAGUUUGGCGAAUGGCUGUAUCUGUUAGAAGAUAGCGAUGUGAGUUCCUGCGCGUAUUCGCCAGAUGGGAAGUUCUGUGCGGUAGGUCUCAACGACGGCACGAUCAGUGCGUAUCACACUUCGACUUGGGCAAAAGCCCACAUCUUGCGUGGUCAUACUGGCUCAGUUAUGAGCGCGGUGUAUUCGCCCUGCGGCCAGCAGAUCGCCUCGGGAGGUUGGGACAACACGGUGCGACUGUGGGACGCGCAAACCGGUGCACCCAGUCCCAUCUUAAGCGGCCAUACCUUCAUUGUUUGGAGCGUGGUAUAUUCGCCCAGCGGCCAGCAGAUCGCCUCGGGCAGUCGGGACAACACGGUGCGGCUGUGGGAUGUGAGUUCGGGUCAGUGUUUGGCAGUUGUUCAAGGCUUUUAUGGAUCAAUCACAAGCAUAGCCUGGAACUCUACUCCAAACGGCACCUAUUUCGCAACCGGCUGUUGGGAUAAGUCUGUUCGCAUGUGGCAGGCUAUAGAAGAGGAGGACCGCUAUCAGGUCCGCCUGCAUUGGAGUUCGAUGCAUGACAGACUUACCGUAUCAAAUACCUCUAUCCAGAACGUACAAGGCUUAAGCAAGAUAAAUAUGUGGCUAUUAGAGCAACGUGGCGCUGUGGGCAAGCCGAUUCCGCCUUUGGGCUAUCGCGAGGCAAGCAAAAAGCUAAUGGCCAUGGCGUCCGUGGCGUAUAAACUCAAGGCGUCGUCAAAUCACAGUAUGGUGGAUACCGCUGCCACGGCCGAUUCUCCCGCUGUACAGUCAGCAAAUCCAGUCGAUUCGACGAAUGUCUUUUCGCUUGCUUGA